CUUUGUGGGCGCUGAUUGCUGUGGCAUGUGCGUCAUCACUUGAGUGUGGGGGGCAAGGGGGGUGCGGGCCUUACACAGGUACGUAUACAAAAAACCAGCUGCAGGUUGAGCUAAAAAUACCCCCAUCCCCGGUCUUCAAAGAAAGGACCCACAUCCACAAAACCCUGAUUUCGGGGCUGUCAGGGAAGAUGAGCCGUGGCAGAGCCGGAGAGGAGAGCCUGUCAGCCCGCAGAAUGCCGCCCCUCUGCCUGCUGCUGCUGCUGCUGCUGCCACCGCUCUCAGGGGCCAGCGCUGCCCUUCCCCUGGGGGACGGCCUCGCAGGCCACGACAGCCACAGUGGGCUUCAGCAGGAAGCGGCAGAAAUAAAGAAAAACAGCCUGUGGACGUUCCUUGCUCGGUGGCACGAGUGGACCUCCCAGGCCAGGGCGGCCCCCUCCGUGGGCCGGGAAGCCAGGGAGGCCUCCAAACGGCAGGACGGCCCGCGCCCCCAGCAGUCCCCACGCCCGGACAGAGUGCCCUGCAGGAACUUCUUCUGGAAGACCUUCUCCUCCUGCAAGUGAGCCCCACUGUGUCACUCCUGCAAGGGACUGUGACGAUGGACCCAAAUAAAACGUGUUGAACA